UCCCACGAAAUCCCCCCCGGUCGGUCUAGAUGGACUGCUGCAGCGUCUGGUUGUGUAAGCAGACAGGCUGUGCAGGAACUAAUGUACAAGUGACCUAGACUGUUCAUUCAAGCCUCCAUGAACAACUUGAAUGACCCUCCCAGAUGGAACAUCCAACCAGACCCCAGAGGAAGGGGGGCGGGGGCCGGUGAUGGCAACCAAUGGAACUACGCCCUGCUGGUCCCCAUGCUGGGACUGGCUGCAUUUCGUUGGAUCUGGACCAGGGAAUCUCAGAGGGAGAUCCAGAAUGUCAAAGACCAAUAUGACAAGGACGUGUCCACAAUAAAAAGCGAGAUGGAGGCACGGUACCGGGAGACACUGACAGAGAGGCGCAGGGCGGCGGCUAGACUAGAGCUGGAGCUGGAGAAGGAGAGGCAGAGGGUCAAAGGUUACAAGCAGGCCCUGGUCUCACAGAGCCAGCAGCUGAUGGGAGAACGGAAACAGUUACAUCAGGAGCGCGAGGCCUUGGAGGAAGAGAAGCAAAGGCUGGUAAAGUCCGGCGCUGCAGGGGCGGUGCUGCAUGACGCCCUGGAACGAGAGAACAACUGGUACCGGCGAGCCACCGCCACCCUGAAGGAACUAGAAGGUCAGCUCUUAGAGCGGCAGAAUGCCUUCUGUUCCCUCAUCCAACCUCGAGAACAGCGGCUGGAGAUGGAGAAGAACAUGCUGCUUAAGGUCGUCAAAGACCCCGUCGGGGCGGAACUGGAUCUAGAGUCGGACCUGAAGGAUAUUUUUAAGAGAGAUAAGCACUGUGCAGACCUGCUAAACAUGGACAAGAGAAAGAAUGGAAGCCUCAUGUGGGUGUACCUCAAGUACUGGCAGCUGCAGGUCACCGUCCAGAAACACAAGAGAGCUGAAGAAGCCAUAUUUGGAGGGAAAAUCCAGUCUCAAACAAAGUGACAAACACAAGCUGCUGUUUGUCAUUUGACUCUGAAGAAUGUUGAAAGUAUGUGGAUCAGAAAUGGAAAAUGCAUGCAUUUUUUUUUUUUAAUUAUCUUUACUUGAUAAUGAUUUUAUGGAAACACAAUAGUUAACCCCAAUAACAAGAUCAUGUUUAUCCCUUGAAGCUCAGAGUUUUGUAAAGAAGGGAUGUUUUGUCAGGUUUUGAGCAUGCUGGACGAUUACUUAUUAACUUCAGAAGCCCCAGCUAAGACUAAUUAGCUUUAAAUUAACUGUGUGAAAAUGUAGAAUGAUAAAAUGCUCAUUCAGGUGAUAUCCAUAUUGGAUGCACAACUGAUGUUAAAUACAUAGAGAUGUAUUUUUUUUCCAAUUAGCCCUUUGGAAAAGUCUUUGUCAGAAUAUUUGUGUCAAUUUAACUCACAUUCUCUGAGUGCCAUGAAUUACUGCUAGCUACAUAUAUUGUAGGUCUGGAAACGUUUGUUCCUCCACCUUGGGUAUGAAUUUCCCAUAAACUGUUCCCAAUAUGAUGUGAUAAUUACACAUCUCUUUGUUGCUGCAAGUGUCUUCAGGAGAGAAAAUAAUCACAAGAUAAACUACUGUGUUGAACAAAACAGCCAGGAAACAUUAACACAUUGACAAGAAUUAUUUUUUGAAUGUUAUUUUGAUGGAAAAGUCAUCGAAGUCUUUCUGUGGAGAGUGUUGACAACACACAUUAAUAUGUUGAUGGACUAUUGGAGAUAUUUAUCAUAUCUGUGGGACUAUAUUUGUUUUUACUUGGGGUUUCCUCCCAUGUAUGACAUCUCUCUUUACACCAUUUCUGAUACAUGGCCCAAAGCCAGUAGAAUAGUGUGUCUUUUUAUGAUCAUAGGUUUUAAAUUUCUAGUCUUCAAAUGCAGGUUUUAGGGAGACGGGACACUGAAGGUGCAUGCGAGUCUAAAUAAGGAAAUAGAGCACAAAGUAGUUCUCAGUACUGCAACACCUCACCACAAUACUGCAACAAUAAUAGUCAAAUAGCACCCUUUUACAUCACACUUCACCCCCGUAAUGAAAGGAUGAACUAAAGCUGUAGCAUUUCUGUAAAGUUGCCAAGUCUCUCUAUGCUGUUAUGCUUUUUGUUUUGGACCAUAACCUGGUGAUUACGUGGUGGAUAUGAUGCCAUGAAUUCAAAUGUACCCACUCUAACCACUCUGUGAAAUCCUCCUAAUAAAUUCCUGGUUUAAAAACUUAA